GAGAACGGUACCUACAGGUAUGUUCUGCAGUCGUCAACCACCAGUCGGUGCGGAUUUAUUUGGGUCGAACGAGAACGUGAACUAGUGUUUCGUAUUUUAAGGAUAUAUUAAGAUCUCAUUACAUUGAUUAAGCCGGCCGGCAACCAAUCAGAAUAUUCCAUGUCAUCAUAAUUAGCGUAGACCUGCUUUAGGUGAACAUCACUGCACGCAAUAUCAUUAGCACCUUUUGAAUAUCACUAGACGUCUGUAUAUACGGGGUGCUGAAAAAUAGCAACAUCAGCAAAAUGCACCGACUAGUAUCAAUCCUGCUUUUAACAUUUUUACUUGGGCUGAGUUGGGCAUCAAAUGGCUGUGUAGAAUUGGACAAGUUGAGUUUCGAUAGAAUAGUCAAGAGAUUCAGAUACACUUUGGUUAAGUUCGACGUUGCAUUCCCGUAUGGAGAAAAGCAUGAAGCAUUCAUUAACUUUGCUUUGGAAUCAAAUGAGGCUCUUGAUGAUCUGCUUUUCGCCUUGGUCGGAAUAAAGGACUAUGGAGAAAAAGAAAACGCAGACCUGGGAAAGCGUUUCAAAAUUCCUGAAAAGUAUCCCGUCAUAAAGCUCUUCAACAAUGAAACGCUGGACAAGUACGUAGACUAUCCGGAAGAUGAUCCCAUUACGGUCGAAAGCCUGCGCAAAUUUAUCAGUGCGAAUACCGAUCUGUACAUUGGAUUGCCGGGCUGUCUGAAGGAGGUAGACGAGCUGGCUGCCAAGUUCUCCUGCCCGAAAAAAUCAAAAGAUGCCCUAGCUCAGAUUGUGUCCGAAGUGGAGCAAAUGGAAGGCCUUUACGAAGCGGAAAAGGCACACAAAUCGUUCCAAAUCUAUCUAACGUUGAUGAGGAAAAUGGCCCAAUUGGACAAAUCGGUCCAAGAGUUCAUUGCAAGCGAGAAGGAUCGCGUGCGAAAUCUGCUGAAGGGUAAAAUCAGUGACAACAAGAAAGCUGAUCUCAACUUAAGACUGAAUAUAAUGGAAUCGUUCAAGUCAGGGAGAAUUCUGGACAAGGCUGCAAGUGAUGAAUUAUAAGAAAACUGCAUUUAUGCACUCAUAACGUAGCGUUUUCAUUCUGCAAAUCACGUUUUAGUGUUCCUAAUCUUAAGCACACUAUUUGAAAACAAAAAAACUUCGAAUUUUGCUUUGGGAGUAACAGCUGAAAUAAAAGCCCAUGCCGAGUAAAACAA